AUGAGCACCUCAGAAACCUAUGCUUGUUACAACGAUAAGUCUUAUCUCUCUUAUUUCCAGGAACGCACAACCUGUUAUUAUUACGAGUUCUUGAAUCUUUACCGUGAGAAUAUCGUCGCUUCGCCUCUAGCUUCAAAAGAAUGGAAUACUCUUGAAGCUAUCUGGAAUAAACGUUUUUCGGCU